GCUGCCGCGGCCGGAGCGGCGGGGCCGGGCCCCCUGGGCGGGAUCAGCCCCGCUCGGGGUCAUCCCCCGCUCGGGAUCAUCCCCCGCUCGGGAUCAUCCCCCGCUCGGGAGCCCCCCGUGCCCGCCCGGUGCGGCUGCGGUGUCACCGCCCGCAGCAGCGGCAGCGCGGCCGGGCACGGCGACCUGCGCAACCCCGCCCGCUCCGCAGUGCCCUGCAGAGAUGGCGAGUGCAGAGCCCGGCGCUGAGGAUGCAGCUGAGGCUGAAGAGGCCGUGUACGAGGCGAUGCCCUGUGACAAGAUGGAGCUGAGCCAGCGGCUGGCCGUGGAGGAGCUCAUCAGCACCGAGGCCAGCUACGUCCACAACAUGCAGCUGUGCGUGUCCGACAUCCGGGCACACCUCCAGGAGAAGCAGCUGCCUGAGCUGGACCUGGAAGGACUCUUCUCUAACACCGACGACAUCCUCCAUGUCUCCAGACGGUUCCUGAAGGGGCUGGAGGCCACCCCUGGCCAGGGGCAGGAGCAACUGCUCUGCAUCAGCACGCUGUUCCAGGAGUUCAAGGAAGAGAUGGAGGCUGUCUACAAGAUCUACUGUGCCAGCUAUGACCACGCCCUGCAGCUGGUGGAGAGCUACCGCAGGGACCCCCGGCUGCAGGAGCAGAUCCUGGACACCCUCAAUGCCACCGUGCCUCACACGGGCGCGUCAGACCUCAGCUUCUUCCUGGUGAUGCCCGUGCAGAGGGUCACCAAGUACCCUCUGCUGCUGGGGAAGAUCCUGGAGAACACCCCGAGCAGUUCCAGUGCCCACUCAGCCCUGCAGGCAGCGGCUCGUGCCAUGGCCCAGGUCAAUGCCAACAUCAACGAGUACAAACGGCGCCGGGAAGUGGCAACCAAAUACAACAAGGCCGAGCACCUGACGCUGCGGGACCGCCUGGCGCGCCUCAACACCCACUCCAUCGCCAAGAAAACCACGCGCCUCAGCCGGCUCCUCAUGCACGAGGCUGGCAUCGUGGCCAAGACUGAGGACAAGGAAUAUGACGACCUGGAAGAGAAGUUCCAGUGUGUGGCAUCCAGUGUGGCCACGCUGAAGGAGAACAUGGCAUCCUACCUGGGCCACUUAGAGGCGUUCCUGCUGCCCACCCCGCACCAGUGUGACCUGCAGAUGGAGCAGGGACCUGCCCAGCAGCAUCGCCGCCUCUCCCAGCUCCUCCAGAGCACCGUUUUCCCCGAGUUUAAGCAGCGUGUGGACAGGCUGGUGUGGCAGCCCCUCUGCAGCCUCUCAGGCAUGCUGGAGGGGCCCCAGCAGCUGGUCAAGAAGCGCCUGGACAAGCUGCUGGACUACGAGGAGAUCCAGGAGAGGAAGAGCGAGACGGGCAGCGUGAGCUACGAUGAGGAGGCAGCCAUGAACACCUACCUGGCCAUCAAUGACCUGCUGGUGGCAGAGCUCCCCCGGUUCAACCAGGUGGCUGUGCAGCUCCUGGGGCAGAUCCUGCGCUCCUUCAGCGCCCUGCAGCUGGACUUGGCUGCCCAGGUCCUGCACCAUGCAGAAAAGGAGCUGGAGCAGCUGCCCCAUGGGCACAUGCCCCUGCCCAGCUUCUGGAAGGUGGUGGAGGACAGCCUGCAGCAGUCGGGGGCACAGCUCCGUGCCUUCUGCCAGGCCUUUGACACCGUGGCACCCAGCCCUGGCACACAGCCUCUGACCCCUGCUGAGGAGAGGAAGGUCCUUUCCCUUGUGAGCAAGCACGGCCCAGACAAGCUUUACCAAGUGACCAGCAACAUCAGUGGCAGCCGGGACUUGGACCUGACCUUGCUGAGGGGACAGAUCGUGGCUCUGCUGCAGAGCGCUGACACCAAGGGGAACACGAGCAGGUGGCUGGUGGAUGCUGGAGGUCCCCGAGGGUUUGUUCCUGCUGCAAAACUCCGGCCCUACAGCCCUGUGCAAGUGCAGCAGCCUGUGAUGCAGCUGCUGGGCCUGGACAGUGGCACAGAGACAAGGAGACAUUCCUAUGCGUCCCCUGAAGCUCCCAGGCCACAGGUGGCCACCUUCACCCCAACAUUCCAGGUGGUGGCCGGCUUCUCCUUCGCAGCGCGGAGCCCGCAGGAGCUGAGCCUGCAGGCAGGGCAGCCCGUGCUGCUGCUGGAGCCCCACGACAAGAAGGGCAGCACGGAGUGGAGCCUGGUGGAGGUGAACGGCCAGAGGGGCUACGUGCCCUCCAGCUACCUGGUGACCGUCCCCGUGCAGGACCCCGCGGGCUGGAGCCUGCCCGUGUGAGCGUGCCAGCCCCAGCAAGGGCAAGGAUGGGAGCAGCCAGCUUGGCACCUGAGGAAUCCUCACAGGAGAUGCUGGAGGGAGGCAGCCCCCGGCUGGGAAGGUGGUGGGAGGCACCUGGGGGACGUGGCCCAGGGACAUGGGCAUGAGGAUGGCACUUGGGAGGCACCUUUUGGUGGGAGGUGUGAGGGUGCCAGGUCCUGUGUGUGUGUUGGCACAAAGCAAAGCAGCACCCGGGAGUGAGGGCAGGUGGCUGCAGUGAUCCGGGGAUUUGCUGAAAUCCCUGCAAGUGACAAAUGUGUCUGGGGAGAUGAGGCAGCGUGUCCCUGGUUAGAGCAGGAUUGAGCAGCAGAGGAGCAGAAGGGUCCUCAGCCAGGCAGGGGACACUGGGACACCUGGGCACAGCACCUGAGCACUGGGGCACUUGGACACUGGCAGAUGGGCACUGGGCACCUGGGCACCUGAGAAUUUGGCUAGCUGGGCACCUGAGACUUUGGCUACUUGGGCACCUCAGUACCUGAGAAACUGGGCACCUGGGCACCUGAGAAUUUGGCUAGCUGGGCACCUCAGUACUUAAGAAACUGGGCACCUGAAUACCUGAGAAUUUGGCUCCCUGGGCACCUUAGAAUUUGGUACCUGGGCACCUCAGUACCUGAGAAUUUGGCUCCCUGGGCACCUGAGAAUUUGGCUCCCUGGGCACCUGAGAUUUUGACUCCCUGGGCACCUGAGAUUUUGGCUCCCUGGGCACCUGAGAUUUUGUCUCCCUGGGCACCGAGUGCCUGAGCCCCUGGCAGCGCUGGCUGCGGCCGCCAGAGGGAGCCCCGCGCCAGCUCCCGGUGCCCGCCGGGCCCGCGCUGGGAGCGCCGGUGCGGGAGCGCGCGGGCACCGCCCGGCUCCGCUCCGCGCUCCGGGACCGACAUCGCCCCUCCCGGGACCCCCGGGGCCCCCGUCCCCCUGCGUCCCCGGCGGGUUGGCACAGGUCCCAUGGAAGAGGUUUUUGGGACAAUCACUCCGUGUUGGUCCUGAGCCAAGGCUCGCUUUGAGAACGGAGACAGCCCCCUCGCACCAUUCCCGGGGUAUCCGUGCCUCAGUUUCCCCGUGGGUGCGCUGUUAGGAGAUGCUGAGGUGCUGAGGUGGGCAGCCGUGCCGUGGUGCCAGAGGGGACUUCAGGAGCGCCCCGGGACUGGCACCCCACGCUGCCCAUCCCUCACCGAGGCCAGCGGAGCACCUGGCUGGCGUCGCCGCGGCUGCCCUGGGCUCCUGGCGCUGCCCGCAUCAAAGGUGCCCGUGCCGGCUGGCGAGCGCUGGCACGCCGGGCCCUGCGCCCUGCCCUGCCGUGCCCUGCCGUGCCGUGCCCGGGGGCAGCAGCACGCCCGGCCACCCACGGGCUCCCUCCCCACGGGCUCCCCAGUGCGGCCGUGGCUGCGGGCUGGGCAGCGGGGCAGGGCUGGCACGUCCUCAGCCAACCCUGAGCAGGUGCCAGGCGGGUGGGGACAGCCCCAGGCACUGCCCCGUGUGGGGCUGGGGUCCGGUGUGAGGGGCUCACCCUCCUUUCACCCGUACCUGGGGUGGCUGGGGGGCAGCCACCUCUGCCCAGGUGCCAUAGAAAUGCCCGAGGAAAUGCUCAGCUACACCAAACCUGGGAGGGGACAGCGGUGCCAGAGCUGGGGACGUGUCCUGGGGAUGCUCCCAGCCUGGGGAAAGGCUGGUGGGCUCCUCAGCAAGGGAAAAUGAGCAGGCUGGGGGACGAGGGUCAUUGAGCAGGGACUGUGUGUCUGUGCUUGCCCACCCAGCCCAGGCCCUGCAGCCACAGGGCUCACCCCUCCAGCUCCCUGCAGGUGGCUCCUCUGGAUUUUUCCAUCCCAUCAGGUCGGCUUUCCCUCCCGAGUCACCUUCCUGCCAGCUCGGUGGGGUGCACAAGCAGUCAGCCCCGUGCCAGCCAUGGCAGCAGUCGGGCAGGUCCUGCUCCACAGCCCUCGGGUGCCUGAGACCCUUUGGAGGCUGAAAGGUGACGGUGGCACACAGAGUGCUGAGCCAGCUGCUGCCUGGCCCUGAUCUUCUCACUGGAAGGAGAUCUGGGAUGGUCAGGGCUUGGCUGGACAUCCAGCAGGAAGAGGGCAAUGAGUUCAUGUGGCUCCUCCGGCCUGUGGGUGCCAAGGGCUGAGCUGGGCUCUGCAGUUCCCCCCAGCCCUGCUGCCAGCCUCGAUGGCCAGGGGACCUUUCCCAGGGGUCUGUCCCCAGGACAGGACCUGGUACUUGGCUGCAGGACGUGGGUGCCUGCAUCCCUCCCUUCUCCCUGAAUUCACCCAAACUCACGGCGCUGCUGCUGCCCUGAGCCUGGAAGUGCCCUCUUGGAGUCACGGGAGGGCACGGGGCUCUUCCAGCCCAAACAUGAGGGGGGAUAAAGGGCACAAGUGUGCCUUUAAAUAGCCUGUCAAGGACAGGCUCUCCCGGGAGGAAUGCUCUGGCUGGCCCGGUGGAACAUGCCUGCGGCCGGGGGCACGGGGGGACAGCUGGGCAGGGCCGGCUGCUCGCCAGGAGCACGGAUCAAGGUUAGGCACGGCCCUGGCCCGCUGCCACCGUGCCAUGGCUUGGCACGGGGAAACAGAGCCGUGCAAACAGGGAAAUGAAUGCCAGGCCAGGGGUUUGCCGUGCCCGGGGCUGAUCGGGAGGUGGCAGCGGAGCCAGGCUCCCCGCGACCUGCCCGCCAGCCCGGCCGGAAUUUGGCAGCGGCGCUGCCUGGCUGCAGGAGCAGCUCCGGGGCAGCUCCGCCUGUCCCAGAGCGGCUUCUGCGCUCCUGUCCGGGCUGAUUCAUAUCCUGGACGUGCAGGCAUUUGGAUAUUGUCCACCCGCGGGGUGUGACAGUGUGUGGCUGUGUCCCCAGGGCGCGGGUGCCAGCCGGGCCACGUGCCGGGAGCAGCUCUGUGAGCCUGCUGCUCCCUGGGGACACAUCCCAGGUGAGAUCCCGGGAUACCAGGAGGAUGGCUGAGUGCCCAGGUGUCCAUGUGCCCAUCGGCUCUGCUGGGGCACCCCGGGGGCAGGGAGGUGUGAGAAAAAGCAACUGCCACAAGCCCCAAGCCCAGGCUCCCAAUCCCAGAGCCAUCCCCUGAGCACGGGGUGCUGAAAGGGCAAAAAGAGCCAGGAGGAGCAGGAUGGCUGCCCUGGGCUGAAGGGCACAGCCAGCCCGAGUGGCUUUAGGCACGGAGUUGCCCACGCUGCCAGGCUGAGCUGGCUCCCAGCAGAGGCAACCUGCGCUGUAAUGUUCCCUGCCACCUGCCCAUGGUGGCCCACGAGGAGCAGCCCGAGCCCCGGCCACCCUCGCUGGCCCCUCACAUGCCCACCGGGAGCAGCGUGGCCCGAGGAAGGGCUGAGCCCACGGAGAGCGAGCCCGGGGCUGCGGAGCAGGAGAGGAGCCGUGAACAGCAGCGCUCGCUCCAGGCUGGUGCAGCUGGCACCUGAAUUGUCUAAUAAAGUGUGAAAUUGC